GGAACAACAGGUGGAUUCCCUGCGUACUCUUUGGACAUGUUGUGAUUGAUGUUGGUUAGGUUAUGUGUGAUGAAUAAAUGGUGUUUUUGUUAUUGUGAUGCUAUCCAUAUAUUUGAGUAUUUAAAAUAAAUACGUUGAAACAUGUAUCAACCUCUCGUAGAAUUGGGAGACUUGAAAUCUGUCCUGAGAAGUGUGCUGGUGUCAUCAAUUAGUAAAUUGACACCAAAGGAGCUCCAAAAUGAUUUCCGAAGAGUAGAGGGCAAAUUUGUUCCAUAUAGAAAGUUUGGAUAUGCCACUUUUGAAGACUUCUUACAGUCAAUCUCAGACAUUUGUUCAAUUGAAUACAAAAGUGACGGUUCUGUAUAUGUGGUGCCUGUUUUAACAGAUUCUUUGAAGUACAUUGCAGACCUUGUGAGCAAACAGAAAGUGCCAAGUCUUAAGCUUAAACGUAAAAGAUCAAGAUCAAAGCACAUGGGUAAAAAAUUUAUACCAGCGUACUUGCAACACAGUCUUGAAAGUUUUGUCAGAAAUCACCCCAAGGGCGCUCCUGUAGACGUUCUUAAGAGAGAGGUAUUGUCAAAAUUCCCUCACAUAAUGCAAGGAUUCGAUGAUAUAGAAGAAUUCCUUGAAUGUGCCACCCACAUAUUGAGAUUUGAUGAAAAAUAUGUGUUUCCAUUAGUAUUAACCUCAGAAAGCAAUUACCAUUCAGCCAGUGGAAAUGGAAAGGACAAAGGAAAUGACUGUCAAAUGCUACCUUCUACCAUUGUUUGCAACAUUAAGCGCCUGAUGAAAGCACACCCAAAUGGCAUUUUAGCGUCAGAGUUUUCAUCAGCUUAUGGGGAAAUGUUUCAUAGUGUCUUCAAUAUUACAAAGUACGGGUACAUUAACAUACUAUCAGUAGUGUCUGCAUAUCCUGAUAUGCUCCACUGUUUUCGAGUGACUGAUGAAGAUUUUAUUAUUAUUGAAUCUCCAGAAGAACUGGAAGAAAAAGAUGAUGAUAUUGAUGUUCCAGAGGUACAAACAGUGAAGGAUAUGUUGAUCUGGUUGAUUAGCAACUUUCCAGAUGGCCUGAGCAGUAGUGAAGUUGAACAAGCAUUUGAGGUGCACUUUUUGAAAAGGCUUGAACCAACAGUGUUAGGAUAUAACAGUUUGGAGGAUCUACUGCAUCAUUUGGAAAGUGAAUCUAUGGUGACUCUGAGUACUGUGAAAAAUGAUAUGUGGGUGUACCCUGUAACUACUGUUAGCAGCUGUAACUCAUCUCUCCUAGACAUAACACAGGAAGAGGGUGCUGAGGAUGACCUGGACACCAUACUCACAGCCUAUUACCCUCCAGGUGCUCUCUUGGCUCAUGAAGAAGUUCCAUGCCAGCAGCUUCCCAACACAAUGCCUGGUUUUACAUUUGAAGUUGUUGUUUCUGAUGCUUUGUCACCAAGCAAAUUUUGGGUUGUUCUCAACUAUGACAGCAACUGUGCUGCCUUUGAUUGUCUUGUUGAUGCAAUGCAGUCAUUCUAUAGUCUCCACAGUGAAAACUACAAGAUGAUUGAACCUACAAUUUGUGUGGGACAUUAUUGCGUGUGCCCAUAUAGGGGCCAGUGGCAUCGGGCUCGAAUAAGUAACAUCACAAAUGUAUCGGAAGUGCAAGUGCAGUUAAUUGACAUUGGUGGAAUAAGCAAGAAGAAGAAAGAACAUCUUCGAUACCUUGCAAGAGAUUUUGCAGACCUGCCUUCACAAGCAAUGUGUUGUCGCUUGGCAGGCACAGCAGCAACUGGGCGUACAGUGUGGCCUUGUGAAAUUAGAGAGCUCUUCGUGGAAGCAGUAAUUGGUAGAGCAUUCACUGCCACACUGAUUGGUAUUAGCCAACAGAGUGGGAUCCUAUCUGUGGAUCUUUUUGAAGAUACAGAUGAUGACUGUAGUGAAAGGGUUGCUGACUGGCUAUCAAGACUGCAGGAGGAGGAAGCAGAAUCAGAGAACGAAGAGAGAGUCAUUUUGACUGCUAAGCCAUCGCUGCAGGAACAGCUUCAAAAAUUCACCUGUAUUUAGAAUUUAAAGAAGUUCUUGCUUAGUAAACAUUUGGGAGUAUUUAUUUAAAUAAUGCAGUUAAAAGCAUAUAUUGUGAUUCAAUUGUGAAAAUAUGUAUAGGUAUUUAUUCUGUUGAUCCUAGUAUGUUAGAUGUAUGUAGUAAAUUGGGCUAGUGAGAAGUGCGUUUUCUGUAAACCAUUUAUUCAGUUACAAUCAUGUGACAAUAAAAUGUAUAGGAUUUAUGUUGAUUUGGGCCAUUAUGGCUCAAAUUGGUUAGUAAAGCACUCAAUUUUAUGAGGAAAUUUGUGAUAUGUAAAUAUACUAUAGCACUAACUGGUAAGGCUCUACUAACAUAAUUGAAAUUGUGAGACUUUUGUAAUUUAUGUGACAGAUACUUAAUUUUUCAAUUAUAUUACAUUUUAUUUUACAAAAGUGUCAGACAAUAUAUGGGAUGAUUCAGGUUCCCAUAGAUUUGCUCCUGAGUAAUGUUAAGAUGUUUGGUGUAUUUAGUACAUAUCUGCUAAGUAAUUACCAAUAACUUACCCUGAGUGUGUGACAUGGACUUGUUGUGGACAUGCAAACACACAAUUUUAAACAUGUAAAGUAUGGGUUCUUUAACUUUUGGUUUACUGAGCUCUCAUUUCUAUGGAAUCUGAGAGCAUUAUUGUGAUUAUGAUACCCUUCUGGUGUUGUCACUGAGCAUAUGUCAUACUGUUGAUAUUUUAUAGCUUAGCACAUGUUAUUAAUACGGUAAUAUUCUUUGGAAUAGAAACAACAUUUAGGGAAGAAGAAAAUGUACAGAAUGCUUCGCUUAUUGCUUUUUGUUAUUUUGUUAUAUGUCUACAUAUAUCUGUGGGUUUUUGAUGUGUAUUGACCAAUGUGUGCCAGCUGCAAGAUUGAGCACUGGAAAUGGUAACUGGAACUGAUGCUUAUUGGUAGUAAUAUCUAACAAUGUUCAACAAUAGAGAAAUGGGAAAGGGCAAAAGUACUUUCAUAUACCUCACAUUAUUAAUGUUCUGGUUGUCAAUGUCGAGGAUAACCUCACAUCUCUCGCUCUUUAAUUCUAUCUGUUUUGUACAUUUAUAAAUAUUUACUGUAGACACAGUAUUAAAUUGUGCAAGUGUUUUGAUUUUUAGUUGCUUCCUCAAACAAAAGAUUGAGAUACA